AUGGAAGUUAUUCAAGCUGAUAUUCUUUAUAUGCCAUUUGAAAAGGUAGGUGGAAUAACUUAUAUGUUUUGCCUUACUUGUAUAGAUAUAGCUUCUCGAUAUAAAGGUGCCGUUCCAAUUGGAACUACUCUUGAUGUUUUGAAUAUGGAAGAUUUUUCUCUAGAAGGUGUACUAACUUCAUCUGUAGUUGCCGAUGCCUUUGAAAAACUUUUAAACGAUCCUAAUAAUCUUUUUAGAUGGGAUAAGUUAAAAUUAGUAAUUACAGAUAAAGGCUUGGAAUUUAAAGGUCAUUUUGAAAAACUCUUAAAAAAACGUAAAAUAAAAAAUCAGAAGGCUAAUUCUAAUAAUACUAUGGGUCCUAACGAAAGCUUUAAUAAGACUUUAAGUAAAAAAUUGUUUCAAAUACAAGAUGCGCAGGAAUUAUUAUUGCCUAUACCUCAAAGAUGUUGA